UGCUUGCAGUAGCUCCUGAACUUUCUUGUCCUAAAAAGUUCUGUCAGUGAUUUUUCCAUCUCUCAAGCCUUUCCUUUACGCAGGUGUCAGUUCAGUAGUACCUUUCUUUAUAUCUCAUGACACAAUUGCACUGAUGUGUUAGGUUUGCGUUUUGUUUGAGCCAUUUAACAUUUAACGUCUUCUAUCUUGAGGUAUAUUAGCCUAUAGCAAGCUAACGCUAACGUUACCGGCUAACAUUUGAUUGUUAAAGCUUUGCAAUGAGUUCUCAACGGGAGGAAGGUGCACACUCACCUAGACUGGAGGCUGUGAUUCAGAAGUUGGAGGAGUCCCUGCUUCAAUCUGAUGGCAGCUCAGGAGAGAGGACUCUGACAGUUCGAGGUGAUGGACAGGAGUCUGGUUUCACAGUGCCAAUGCCUGUCUCCACCCGUAUCCGUCAGAUCAUCACCCGCAACCUGGCUGAGCAGCCGCCUGGUGAGAGCUCCGAGGUGAGUGAGCUGGAGGAGAGCAGGGCCCCGAGGGAGCAGCUGUCUCCAGGCCUGAUGGACCGUGACCAGCCGCCAGUCAAACAGGCCAGUCUCACUGACACGCUCGAUCAGAUACUGAUGCUGCAGUCGGCGGUGGACUCGGACCAGGAGAGUGUGUCACCGGCGGCCCUGCAACUGCAGAACAAGGAGAGAGCUUACAGACAAAAGCUGCAGGUCUACCAGGAGGCCCAGCAGAGACAAGCCCAACUUGUUCAGAAGCUGCAGACCAAGGUUCUUCAGUACAAGAAGAGGUGUGGGGAACUAGAAGAACAAGUGCUGGAGAAGACUUCAGAGUCUGAGAAGAUGAGAUUGUUGCUGCAGGCCCAACACCUGGACUCAGCCCAGCGUCAGCAGCAGACAGAGCAGGAUCUCAACAUGGCCGUUCAGGAUAAGUCUGCUCAGCUGGAGGAGGAGCACAGGAGGUGUGCCAGCCUCAGUCAAGUAAACUCCAUGCUGCGGGAACAACUGGAGCAGGCAGGCACCGUCAACCAGGGGCUAACGGAGAGCUUGUGGAAGGCCCGCAAAGACGUUGAGCUGUGUGAUACUCGUCUGCGGAGAGAGCAAGAGACAUGUGCCUCCCGGUUGAGUCGCGAACAGGCUCGUGUCAGAGCUCUGUGGCGCCAGGCCUCCUCCCUGCGGAGCACUUUCACCCAGCUAAGGACUUUCACUGACAGGACUCUGUCUGAUAUGCGCGGGGAGUGUGUCUCUGCCAGCCGGCAGCUGCAUGUCGCCUGCAUGAACUUAGAGGCCAGAGUGACACAGGAGAGCACCUCUAGUGGUGCGGAGAUGUCAGCGCUGGAGAGGCAGCUGAAGGACAAGCUGAAAGAGGCGAUGCAGCUUCAGGGUCGCUGGGAUGCAGAGAAAGUUGAACUCAACACCAGAAUCCUGGAGCUGUCCGACACGGUGAAGCACCUCCGGAGCCAGAACAGUGAGAAGGAUGCCAGCCUCAAGACCAUGCAGAUCAGUCUGGACAGGAUGGAGACGAGGAGAACAGAGGAUAAAGCGGAGAUGGAGGUCCUCCACGCAGAGAUCCAAGCCCUCCAAAAGAUUGUAUGUCAUGUUCACCAGUUGGUUGGCGGAGAAGGUGAUAGUAGCGGCUCUGAAAGUGUGUCCUCACCUCUCCGCGGUCGGUCUCCUCUGAGAAACACGACUCUGACGGCUGUGCAGAGCGCUCUCUCCAAGCACCAGAAACAAACACAAGAUUUGCGCGCAUGUCUGGAUGCCGCUCUGGAGCAAGUGGACACGCUGCGUAUUCACCUGCAGGAGAGGGACACCGAGAGGAGAGAGCUGGAGCAGAAGAUCCAGGAAGCAGGGAGGGAAAAUCAGGAGGCUAAAAAGGCCUUAGAGGAAAGCCUCAGACACAGCAACAGAUGUUGCCGCUCACUGGAGCUCAUCUCCAGUGAGAAGGCCAGCCUGGAGAAGCUGCUGUCAGGGCUGCAGCAGGAGGCGGACUCCCAGCGCGCCGAGCUGGAGGUACUGCGGGGCUCGUCGCUGGAGCUCCAGAGACAGCGGGACUUCUUAAGGCAGCAGAGGGAGGAUCUGGAGAUGCAGCUGGCACGCCAGCGCACAGAGGCCCAGAGAGGUGACAGGAGUCUGGAGGAGCUCGAAGGGAAGCACUCUUACCUGCGACGGGAGCUUGUGACAGUGAAGGAGAAUCUGAGUCACAUCACACUGCAGAAGGAAGUGUUGGAGGAUGAUAAGGCCAGCCUCGCUCUGGCUCUCAGCAAGAUGGAGUCCCAGAGUGCGGCGCAGGAGUUAAUCCUCACCAAACUGCAGAAUCAAGAGGCUGCACUGAAAGAUUCUCUGGCCAAAAUGGCUGCCCUCUGCGAAGGCUUAGCCAAAGACAAAGUGGAACUCAACCGUGUUCUGCUACAGACAGAAGGUGAGAAGGCAGAGCUUGGUGAGCGUAGACGGGAAGCUGAAGCGGAGCGGGCAGCAGCCAGGGAGGAGACGGCACGGGUGCAGCAGGAGAUGAUGAAUCUCCUCGCUGAGAAACAAGCCCUGGAGAGCUCCCACAGUCACUUACAGAUUCUCUGCCAGAAGCUCGAAGCAGAGCUGAGCCUGCUGCAGAAGGAGAACACUCAGGCCCUGGAGCAGCACUCCCAGGUCAACAGGCAGAUGCAGACUGUGUCAGAGGAGCUGUGUGCGUGCAGGAAGGAGCUGGAGACACAGACCACAGCCCUAAAGAGAGCUGCCCGUGACAGGGAGGAGCUGGCCAAGGACAAGGCGGCUCUGGAUGUCAAGCUAAACUCCGCUGACCGAAAGGCCUGUGGUCUCACGCAGGAGCUGGUUGCACUUAGAGCGGAGAAGGAGUCCCUGGAGACGGCUCUGUUUGAGAGCCAGGAGCUCGCAGCGUCUCUGGAGACUGAAUACACCAGGACGGAGGGGGAGAGGCGCAGCUUGCUCCUGGCUAACGAGGCCUUGACGCGUGAUGCUGCUCGCAUGCGUGUAGAUGCUCAACACCAGUUUGCACAAGCUGUACAAGAGCGUGGUAAUCUGGAGGAAAAGCUGGCGCAGGUGGAGAGGAAUGCCCUGCUGACCCUGAACAACAGAGAGCAAAUUCACAGAGAGCAGCUCGAAGCUGAACGCAGACAAAAGGAGCAGCAGUGUGCGGAGCUGACAGUUCAGCGGGAGCAGGCUGAGGAGCAGCUGCGUAGACAAUGUGAGGAGCUGCGUGUGCACAGCCAGCAGGAGCUGCAGCAGGUGCAAGAGGAGCAGGCCAGGCUGCAGCAGGACUUCAACCGAAGCCUCCUGCAGGCUGAGAGUGAAAAGCAGCAGGCUUUGUCCCAGAAGGAGGCAGAGAAGGCUGCUCUCACGGAGAAGCUGACAGCCCUGCAGCAGGACUUGGUCACAGCAGACAUGGAGCUGGAGCGCAUGCAGAGGGAGGCACUUAGCAAACAGGAGCAGGAUAAGAACGCGAUGGCUCUCCUUCAGUCUGAGCUGCGAGACUUACGGACUCAGUUUGAAGAGUCUUUGAACUCCAACGAGAACAGUAAGACGAGUCUAAGUGAGCAGGUCAGAGAGAUGAACCAACAGAGAGAACAUGCACAGCAGGAGUUAGAAGGCCUUCGCUGGCAGCUGCAGCAAGCUGAAGAUGGACUUGUUAAAGGUCGAAAGGAGCUGAUCGAGGCUCACAGAGAGCUCCAGGAGUGUGCACAGGAGCGGGACAAGCAACGAAAAGAAGCCCUGGACCUGAAGAGGCUCUUGGGCGAUGAGACCAGAGAGAAAGAGGCAAUCCAAGCCUCUAACCAGGAGCUGAGAGCUUUCAUCAAGAGAGCGGAGAGUGACAACAGCAGCUUGAGACGAGCUGUGGAGGAGAGGGAGCAGAAAGUGGCCGUCUUAGAGGAACGUAGGAGCUCCGUUGACCAAGAGGCAACCGCUUUACGGAGCAGUAUGAGAGAGCUGGAGAAGUCUCGCCUGCAGGCGCGCAGAGAGCUGCAGGAGCUGCGCAGACAGGUAAAGAUCCUGGAAGGCGAGAACGGCCGGCAGAAACAGGAGCUGCGAGAGCUGCAGGCUCGGGUAUGUCAGGAGGAGCAGAAGGAGGAGGAGGCGCGUCGCGAGGCUUUUACCCUCAAACAGAGAGUGCUGGAGUGUGAGGCUGGCAGAGACGCAGCGCUCAAUGAGGUCGCAGGUCUGCAGCGUUGUUUGGUGGAAAUUGAGACAGUGGAGCAGCAGAGCCGGGAGCUGCUGCAGGAAAGAGAGGCUUAUCAUCAGCAGAGUGACCAGCGGCACAGAGAAAGCUCUGCCCAGCUGGAGGAAGCACUAGAGGACGCCAAGGUCCAGGUUAAGGAACUCUCCGUUCAGGUGGGCCUCGCUGAAAGUAAGGUUCGGGGCCUGGAGGAGCAGCUGGGCUCGGGUGACGCCAAACGCAAGGACCUGGAGCUGAAGCUGGCGGGGUUGUAUUCAGCUCUGCGUCGCACUGUUGGCAUCGGCCGUGCGAGGCUUUCAAGCAAACCUGCGUCACGUAGACAAUCUCCCUCUCCUUGGAGAACCCAUCUGCAAGUCAGAGGGGGAGAGAACGUGACAGACGCAUCAGUGUUGUCUCGUGGUGAAGAUGUGGAGCUGGACAUAGACACGGUGCAAACAGCCCUGCAGGAAUUCCAGCAGGAACUCAGAGAAGCACAAAGAGACAGGGAUGAAGCCAAGGCUCAGGUGGUCAGUCUAGGUCAGCAGGUGACAGAGCUCAAAGGCAGCCAGGAUGAGUCGUCCACUCAGCUGCUACAACUACAGAAGUCCUUGAAGCAAUCAGAGCAGGGAAAAAGAGAGAUGGCAGAUCAGUUGCACAAGGCGCAUACAUCCAUUGCCUUGCAGGAGGAAGUAGCAUGUCGCACGGAGCGGGAGAAGAGAAGUUUUGAGGAGGAGGUAACUCAACUCAGGAGUUGUCUGCAAGCUGCCGAGGUUGAGUCCAGGGCACUGCAAGACAAGUUGGAGCUCUUGCAGGGCUUAGAAUCUCGUGCGAAUGCAGAGCAGCGGAAGCUGAAGGAGUCUCUGGAAGCCGCAGAGAAUAGAGUUAACCGCCUGGAGCUGUCUCAGCGGACCCUUGAGGGCGAGCUACAGCGGGCCCAGCUCAGGGCGGCAGAGCUGGAUGCAGAGGUGGGGGCGCUGCAGGAGAGACUGACAGACGUGAGGAGGAAGCUGGGUGAAAGCGAGGACCGGUGCGCAGCGCUGACGGUCGGUGAGGAGAGGCUGAGCGCGUCUCUGGCUCGAGCUGAGCAGCACGAGAGUCAGCUGAGAGAGCAGAUCCACAAACUGUCAAACUCUCUCAGUGACAACAGGAGCAGCAGUGGAGCCCUGCAGGAGCAGAUAACACAGCUGCAGAGGGCUCUGACUGCCAGCGAGCAGGACCGAAGGCUGCUGCAGGAACGUCUGGAUAAAACACGAGACACCCUCUCAGAGAGUAAACGGCUGAACCACGCACUAACAGAGCGGAUUCAAAACCUUGAAACAGCCCGGGAGGACUCGGAGCUAAAAUAUUCUGAGCUGGAGAAACACAACAGGACGCUGGGGGAGAGCCUGAAGCAGCGGCAGAAGGCUGAAGUGCAGGCCCAGGGCAGCUCCCAGCAGCUGCAGAGGGAGAGGGAGGAACUCCAGGACAAGGUCACCGAGCUCCAGAGCUGCCUGCAGAAACUACAAAGUGAGAGAGCAGAGAUGGAGAGAGCGCUGACACGCCUCGGUAAAGACAAGUCAGCACUCAGAAAGACACUGGAGAAGGUGGAGAUGGAGAGGCUGAGGAGGGAGGAGGAGGCGGCGUCAGCAGCCAGAGAGAAUGAGCGGCUGGGGCAGACGGUCCGCAGCCUGGAGCAGGAGCUGGAUGAAAAGCUGGAGGAGGUGCAGACUCUGCAGGCCCAAAUCUCUCAGCUGGAGCACGCUCAUGCACAGCGCCUCCUGGAGGUCACAGCCCGCCAUCACCAGGAGCUGGAUUUGGAGACGGAUCGUCUGAGAGGCAGUCAGCUCCAAGCAGAGCGGGCCUUGGAGACCAGGGAGAAAGCACAUCGCCAGAGGGUCAAAUGCCUGGAGGAACAGGUGCUGACUCUCAAAGAGCAGCUGGAUCAGGAGACAAGAGGAUGGCAUGCCUGUUUCAGUCAGAUACAGCCCGGUGUGUAGGCAGAGAGCCUGCAGCGAAGUAUGUAGCACCUCCGGCCUCCUCAUUCACUGUUCCUCUGGCAGCUUCCCAACAACGUUAUGUUACAAGUCUACGUCCACAUUUGGAAAGCCCACACACACAAACACACUCCCAAGGCGUUUACUCCCACCCAUGCACAUGUGCACACCGGAUUACAUUAAUCUGCAGGAAAACUCAACAACAACAAACAAUGAGUGUUUUGUUUAUAAGUGGACUGGAUGUGCCAAAUUGUUUUAAGGAUUUCCUCUGGCUCGCCACAGUUGGCGUUUCUAAGUCUGUUUAUGCUGUGUCAUUUUAUUUUUUUUUAGGAAACAAUGUGAUGAAAGGUUUCCUCGGUUGGAGCUUUAUUCUUCUCUCAUUUGUCGUACUGAUCAUGCACCAACUUUAUAUGUCACGAUCACUGUUUGUGUAUCCUAAUGAGAAUAUAUGUCCAAAUAUUUACAAUAAUUGUUUGCAGAUUUCAAUUGAUUUUUCCUGGUGCUGUGCUUAUUAGUGUUUAAGGCUUCACGAAGGUUUUACAGCGUAACACAUUUAUUUUAUUAUGUAUUGCAUUUCACUUAAUCUUGUGUGGAAAA